AAGCAGAAGAGGAGGAGAGGGAUCAUAGUUAAGAGUCGCCGCUCUGGAAGAUCUUUGGACAAACACAGAGAGAAAAUAAAGAUAAGGAGGAGGAAACGACACUUUUGGAAAAGGCUGAAGAUGGUGUAUCUGUCUUGGCUGUUAGUGGUGGUGAUGGCUUAUGUGUGCGUCCCCGGCUUUGGGUCUGUGUGCUGGGACAAAUCCCACUGCAACGACCUGAGCAGCAAGGGAAGACUACAGGACUGCAUUCGCCUCUGCGUAUCUACGAUCCAGUCUGAUUUCCCUCAGCUGGGUGCAUUGGCCCUGAAGGUGAAUCACAAUGAUGACAACCUCCUACUCAGCAUCAUUCUGGCCAGCAUGGUGUCUGACAACAAGAUAUCAGAGACGGAUCUGAAAGCCCACAGCGACGAGCGGCGCUCCUAUUCCAUGGAGCACUUCCGCUGGGGCAAACCCUCAGGCCGUAAACGUCGGCCCGUAAAGGUUUUCGCCUCUUCUCUGGAGGGAGGGGGCUCUUCUGAGCGCAGUUUCAUCCCUCAGGCUCGCAGGCAGCGGGGCAGCAACAGGGAUGAAGUGAGGGAGCUGAAAGCAGGAAGUCAAAACCAGGGUUCGCAAAUGGUCAACCUUAUGUCACACGUCCCGGUGAGCCUGCAGGAGAGAAAAAACGGGGCCUAUCAGAUGAAUCACUUCCGAUGGGGGAGCCCACCUGCCUCUAAACGUAACGGCAGCCUUAUGAAACAGCGAAAGAAGAAACCUAAGGGGAAGCUGGACAAGCUCCUCAGGAACAUUAUAGUCAAGGAUGUGCAGAGGAUAAUGGGCUGAAUGAAGGAUGGAGGAGAGUGGGAGGGCCGGGGAAGUUGGAAGAAUCUCAUAGCCAUUGCAUGUUAGCACCCACAGAUACUAUUACAGACACUUGUCAUUAUCAUUAGCAUGUUGUUGAAUGUCCUUUCUGGGUCAAAGGUCGCUCUCUUUAAACCUUAACUAAAGAUAAGAAACAAGGCGGUUUUAUGUUGAACAAAAGCAACA